AUGGGCAAUCCAGAACACGUGGGGCUGGUUUCGGAAUUCCAGGCUGGUGGAAACUGGCCUAACAUUAACCCUAGAGUCCUAGAGGUUCUAGAGAGUUAUAUGCCCAAGUACCUGGCAGCGCAGCAUGUGCGCAAUUGGGCAGCCUGGACAGAAUGGAACCCCGUGGAUGGACAGGCCUACCGUGCUCUCUUUCAACAGAGGAGGACCUCCCCGGCCGAAUACGUGGAAUUCGCCGUCUCCCUCCGCCAGCGCCGAGAUUUGCCUCAGGAGUUGCUGGCGAGCCUGCAGAAGGAUUUGGCCGAAGAGAUCCUAAGACAGGCAACCACUCAGAGCGAGACCCUGCAGGUGGAUACAGAGCCGUGGCCCAAAGCCCUCAAGGAUCAGCUGUUGGAGGAUGUGGCUGAGGCCUUGACCCUCCUUGGGGGUGCAGAAGAGGCUGAGGACCCUCUUGAGAUCGACAAGCUGAAGGGCGAGGCGCACGAGCUUUUGAUCGAGCUUCACCGCUCGGAGCUCUUUUGGGUGCGUUCCCAGCUGCUGUCCUUCCGCGCGAAGAGCGCCGCCUUGUGGCGCGGAGAUCUCAAGGAGGCCAAGAACCUGGGGCAGCGGAUGACAGCGGCAGGUGUCGAGGUCGGCACCGGCGAAGAGGACCUCUUGCUCCGCGCCAUCUAUUCUGCAAGGGCGGUGCAUCAAGCCACAAAGGCUGCCGCAAUGUGCCUCCCCCGCUACGUGGAUCUCUGUCACAAGGAGUUGGCAGUGGCCUUGGCCUCUGACUUGGCCGACCUGGGCAUGUCACGUUGGAAGGCCAAAGAUGAGCAUCAGGCCCAGAAAUACAUGAGCCAAGCGUUGAGCUCCCUGGCAUGCCAGGUUGAGUCGGAGUGUGCUGUCGGGUGGGACGCGGUGCUGUAG